UGAAUGCUUGUUCGAUAAGGUUUAUUGUGCCUGCCCAUGGAAAUACUAUACAAAUAUGCAGGCGCCUUAAUACUACUCAAUGCAUAUUGAUGGGGAAAGGUUUCAUAAAACUUAGUUAGAUGGCUGGAAAGAACGACAGGGGCAUUUAUAUCAGUUAUCACUUUCUUCCCCGGUGAAUCCACUUCCGCUUCUCCAAAACUUACAAUUUCAUUUUAUUUCUUACAACUCUGCAUCUCUGGACAGGAACCCGACGAUGGUGAGGAACUGCAGAAAGAAAGCCAAAAAGUGGAUGAAUGGGCAUUAUCCUCGGAAUUUAGAUUCCUAGAAAUACCGAUAAGAUGGGAUUACGUAUUACCUCGUGGAAUGUAAAUGGCAUUCGAAAUCCAUUCGGAUAUCAACCAUGGAGAGAGAAGAGAACAUUCGAGGCUAUGUUUGAUAUCCUCGAAGCAGACAUAGUCGUCAUGCAAGAGACUAAAAUCCAGCGCAAGGAUCUUCAGGACGAUAUGGUCUUGGUGCCCGGUUGGGAUGUAUAUUUCAGUUUACCUAGGCACAAAAAAGGUUAUGCCGGAGUAGCGAUUUACACAAGAAAUUCAACAUGUGCACCAAUUCGAGCGGAGGAAGGAAUAAUAGGAGUUCUAUGUCCACCGAAUUCAUCAGCUAAAUUCCGAGAUCUUCCGCCCGAUCAACAAAUAGGAGGCUACCCAAAACCCGGUCAGCUCACAGGUCUGGUCGAUGACAUGACCCUCGAUUCUGAAGGACGAUGUGUUAUUCUUGAGUUUCCAGCCUUCGUCCUAAUCGGAACAUAUAGUCCCGCAAAUCGCGAUGAAACCCGAGACGAUUUUCGACUUGGCUAUCUUGACGCGUUAGACGUUCGAAUACGCAACCUCAUAGCUAUGGGGAAGAGAGUCAUUCUAACGGGUGAUCUCAAUGUUAUCCGAGCGUCUAUCGACACCGCAAAUGUUUUCGAGCGACUUAGGAAAGAAGGAAUAACAGUAGAAGAUUUCUUUUCUGCUCCAUCUCGUCGCUUAUUCAACCAGCUUGUGUUUGGAGGAGAUGUACGACCUCCCAGAGAUGAAAAUAGAGAAUGGCCAGUACUUUGGGACCUUGGUCGACUCUUCCACCCAAAACGUGAGGGCAUGUUUACUUGCUGGGAUACAAAAAAGAACACGCGCCCCGCCAAUUUUGGCAGUCGAAUUGACUACGUUUUAUGUAGCAAUGACAUGAAAGAUUGGUUCAGCGAUUCGAAUAUCCAAGAGGGGUUGAUGGGUUCUGAUCACUGUCCAGUUUUUGCGACACUAAAGGACGUAGUGAAUAUCGACGGGAAAGAAGUGCAUAUCAGAGAUAUCAUGAAUCCUUCAGGAAUUUUCAAAGAUGGAAUUCGACUUAGAGAUUGGACAGCGAAAGAUCUAUUACCCUUAUCCGCAAAACUCAUUCCUGAAUUCGAUCGCCGGCGAAGCAUUAAGGAUAUGUUCUUCAAGAAACCUGCAGCUUCAAAGUCGACACCAACGUUGACACCAAUCAACGAGCCAUCCGAAACAUCUAGCCAGAAGCUAGUCAAGGUCGAACCGUUGAUAAAUGAAGAACCGAACGAGACUCCAGCUUCACAAUCUGAAUCAGUAACAUCAGCACCAUCUCCGGCGAAAGCAAAAUCCGCCAGCCUUAAGCGUACGCCUUCUAGCACCACAUCAACGAAUAGACCACAAAAGAAAACGAAAGCAACAUUAACGAAAGAACCUUCAUCUAAAGGCCAAAGUAACCUAAUGGGUUUCUUCAAACCCAAACCCACCGCAAACCCGAGCUCGGCUUCCGAGACACAGGAAGACCCCAAGUCACUCGACGGACCCGACAGCACUUCAGAAGUUGAGACAAUUGUAGAUUCAGGUCAUACGAAUAAAGCGAAGGAAGCUUCCCAAAGAUCCAGCCCAGAUAGAGUAUUCGACCCGAUUGAAUCCAAGGAGUCCUGGGGUAAAUUACUUGGUAAAAGAGUCAUGCCGAAAUGCGAACAUGGAGAAGAUUGUGUCAGCAUGGUCACUAAGAAACCCGGCGUUAAUCGAGGCAGAGCUUUCUUCGUAUGCGCCCGUCCAAUCGGACCAUCAGGCGAAAAAGAAAGGGGAACACAAUGGCGUUGUGGAACGUUUAUAUGGAGUAGCGACUGGAAUAGUCGAAAACAAGAUGAAGACACAUAGUACGGAAUAUAGCAUAAUAAGCUACCAUAAACAGAGCGCGCAAUGGCAACGAACCUUU